CUUCAUUUUGCGCAUUGAUGUCUGAACCGCCUUGAGACCCUCUAUCUCUCUCUCUAUCUAAGCACAGUUCAUCUGUCGAUAUACACGCAUAAAAACCAUUAUCAAAUUUCAGUCCAGGAGUAGUUAAAGGAGCUAAAAAAAAUCGAGAGAUAUGUCUUCCCCAAGCAAACGCAGAGAAAUGGAUUUGAUGAAACUGAUGAUGAGCGAUUAUAAGGUGGAGAUGAUCAACGAUGGGAUGCAAGAGUUCUAUGUGGAGUUUCAUGGGCCUAAAGACAGCCCUUAUCAAGGUGGUGUGUGGAGGAUAAGAGUGGAGCUUCCAGAUGCUUAUCCAUAUAAAUCUCCAUCAAUUGGUUUUAUCAACAAGAUAUACCAUCCAAAUGUUGAUGAAAUGUCGGGCUCAGUGUGUUUAGAUGUCAUAAAUCAGACAUGGAGUCCUAUGUUUGAUCUAGUAAAUGUGUUUGAAGUCUUUCUUCCGCAACUUCUUUUAUACCCAAAUCCAUCAGAUCCUCUGAAUGGAGAGGCAGCAGCUCUAAUGAUGCGGGAUCGCAAUGGUUAUGACCAAAAAGUUAAAGAGUAUUGUGAAAGAUAUGCCAAGCCUGAAGAUGCCGGAGCUGCACCUGAAGAAAAAUCCAGUGACGAGGAGCUGAGUGAAGAUGAAUCUGCAUCCAGUGACGAUGAAGUUGCCGGGAAAGUCGACCCCUAGAAUCUAAAUGUGUGGUUCGACUGGCUCUUUCUGUACAGGAUUUGUUGCUCUCUGUUAUGAAACCUUAAAUCCUACGAAGGGUUCAUUUGCUUUGACAGAUAUAUGCCAUUUCUUUCUUUUUUAUGUACUUUCACUGUUCAUAUUGAUUUAUUCUGGUUUUAUCUUAUUCAAAGUUUGGAGUAAAG